ACAGACGACGUCCGGUUGUUCCACGUGAUGUUAGGGUUGUUAGGGUUCUUUGGUUUGGAAGUGUUGGUCUUCUUCCUUCAAUAAACUUAUUGUACGGAUCACCAUGUGCAUGUCAAGUUGGCAAUGAUCACGGUACCCGCGGCAUUCGAUGGCUGAAUCUGAUGUAUCAUUUGACGUCGCUUGGCACAGUUAUAGUUGCGGAGACUUUCACGGUCUAGGUAAAUGUAUCGUGAGCAAUGGUUAUCUGAGGCUUAUCCUCACGGAUCUAAAGCGCGUGUACAGUGAAUCCUUAAACGCAGAGGACCUGGAAGAAAGAUGCAAGGAACUGAAUCCAGGCCUCGAAGUAACUCCCUCAUUUCUUCUGAAGCAUUUGGAUCUACACACCAAUUCUGCCCUACGAGAUAAUACCAGCAUUCCUCUAAAAAUCUCUGAACACGGCAGUGAGAAGCUGGUGCUUGACCUUACAUCAGAUGUCAGCGGCGUGCCAUUCAUUUGGAAGUAUUGCCUCAUUGUUCAGGGUGCUGAUGAGCUUUAUAAUAUGGUGACACUUCCAAUGGUGUUGAUGGUAGCUGGUCUCCAGAAGACACAGUGCGAGCUAAUCAAGCUUCUGCACACGACAGACACUGAACCGAGAGGGCCAGGACCCAAGCUAUCACAGAAGAAACGAAACUUUGAUGAAUGCACGUUCUUCGAUCAGACACUGGAUACUGGAAUGCUUCGUGGCUCUCUUGGAAACGUAUUGAAAAGCACAUUUAACAGCAGCGGGGAGGACCUAUUCAGGAAAUUCAUGAGGGCUUAUAGGGAAGGACAGCUAUGUGAAGAAUCAGUGCCCCCCGUCAUUGAGACAUCAAAGAACUAUUUUACGGAACCGGAUGAAAGUACCAGAGAGAAAGGAGGUGAUCUCCGUCCAGUCACACAAACGCAAGCCUGCAGCACGGAAUUCAAGGCAAAAAAGCCUAAAAGAAAUAUGAGGCUCUGAAAUGUUACACCUACUGCACUGCCAAGAAGUGCAUAUUUUGCUGUAUAUCAGUGUUAAUGUAUUUAAUUGAGGGGGCUAGAAGACUAGCCUCGACAUUUUAUUAAUGGUGCCGUUUUUGUUUGUUCUUCCCGGACAAAAAAAAAAAAAGCGUAUAGAAAAGGUUGUCGUACGAGGCACAUGUUGAUAACCAAUAGCACGCAGUGUAUGCUCCACUAUUUUUCAUCACCAUUCCACUAAACCAAAAGCACUAUUUCUGAUUCAAUGUUAUGGUGUUUACUGAUGUGUUGUACAAUAUUCAUGCAGCAUAUUUCACCAAUUUUGGCUCCAAAUGGUUCAUAGCUGAUGCAGCACAAUGUGUAGCACCACAAAAUCCUUUAUGGCAAAUAAAGCAUAUUUUGAAAUAUAUA